AUGGAUCUGUUACCAACCAUUUAUACACAUAGAUUAAUGUAUAGAAAUAAUAAUAAUCAUCAUAAAAACACUAUUGAAGAUUCAAAUCAUAAUGAUGAAGAGAAUGGAUUAUUGAAAAAAUAUCAUUCUACUGAAUAUGAUGAAUUGCCUCAACAUCUUCAUCAUCUUCAUCAUCAACAUCAUCAUCAUGAUCAUUAUGAACAUCAAUAUUCACAUCAGAUAAUUCAUCCACAACCAAAAUUAUUUCGUCAAUUAUCAGCUAUACCUAAUCCAAUUUAUCAUUAUUUACAUUUAUUUUAUAUAAAACGUGUUGAAACAAGACGUAUUACAAUAGCAAAAACAUUACAUGAAAUUGUACAAAUAGCUCAAGAGAUUUUACAUGAAGUUGAAUUACAAGAACCACGUUUUGUUAGUACAUUAAAAGUGAUUCAUACGAAUAAUAUAGAAAAGAAACAAGAUAAUGAUGAUGAUAAUACUUCCCCGGAUACUACUUCGAAUGUAAUCAAUAGUCUGAAUACAACGAGUACUACUAGUACUAGUACUAGUACUACUACUGUUACAACGAAUCCCAUGAAUAGUAGUAAUAAUAAUAAUAAUAAUUCACAAAAUGAAGUUUAUUAUGAUGGUUUACGUGUUCUAUCAUCAAAUCGUUUUGAGAUAACACUUUAUUUAAAUCAAAUGGGUGUAUUUAAUUUUAUGGAUGAUGGUAGUAUACCUGGUGGUGCUGUAUUAAAAUUAUCCGAUGGUCGUAAACGUUCAAUGUCAUUAUGGGUUGAAUUUAUUACAGCAUCUGGAUAUUUAUCAGCUAGAAAAAUACGUGCAAGAUUUCAUAGUUUAAUUGGACAAGCAAUACAAAAAUCAACUUAUCGUCAUAUUGUACGUAUGUUAGGGCAUACAAGUGAAGUGAAAUUAUGUAUACAUGAUAAAUAUAUAUUACAAAUUACUCCAGCAUUUCGUUGUAAUGGUUUAUGGCCUAGAUCAGCUAGUCAUUGGCCUAUAACUAAUCAUAAUCCUAUUCAUAAUGAAUUGAAUAUAGAAUUAACAAAUACUACUACUACUACUCCUACUCUUAAUAGAAUUAAAUGGCCAUCGAAUCAAUUAAUUAAUGAAGUGAAAUAUGAAGGAUUUUGUUUAUUAAGUCAAGAAUCCGUAUAUACAAAAGAUAAACAAGCAUCCGCUGAAGGAGAUGCAUGGUUAUUAGAUUUUUAUCAUGCUGAAGAACGUUUAUUAUUAAAUCAUACAAUACGUAGACAAUGUUUUAGUAUAUUAAAAACAUUAGCUGAUCGACAUUUAACUGGUGUUAAUAAUAAAGAGAUCAAUUUUAAAGAUCUUAAAUCAACCUCAUCAACCGCAUCAUCAUCAAUAUCAUCGUCAACAAUGAACAUGAUGAAUUCAGUAAUUCAAGAAUAUGAUAUUAAAACACUUGUUUUACAUGAAUGUGAAAAACAUCCAAAUGAUGAUGAUUGGACACAAUAUACAUUAGGUGAUCGUAUUAAUAGUAUAUUAUUACAAUUAAUAUCAUGUUUACAACAUCGUCGAUGUCCACAUUAUUUUUUACCAAAUUUAGAUAUAUUUCGAGGAUAUUCUACAUUAGGAAUGGAUAUUACAGCAAAACAAGCAUGGAGAUUAUUAAGAGAAUUAUUAACAUGUCCACAAGCACUUGAAUAUCUUUAA